CAGAGCAGUGCAAGGCACAGAGACAGAUACUCACGCUCUCUCUGCCUUCUUCCACGCACACACUGACACAUGCUCAUGCACGCUGAAGGCAACUUCCCUCUAUCGGACUGACACUACACUCUCGCCAGGAUAGCACACUCCCAUUCCCCACUGAAGAAGAGGAUAAGGAGUGACAGAUCAGGAAAAAAGAAAAUACAGAAAAAUCUAAAGAUUCCCAGGUGAAGAGGAAGACGGAGCCAACAUUUACUCCAGUCUAUGCUUACGACCACUAAGAGAGAAUUGUGAGACUGGCAGCUGCAAGUGGAAACGUAAAGGUAAAGAUGGCAAACCUUGUGACAUCGUUGUGCUGUGUAGUUCUGGCCGCAGUGGUGGUAGCCUACGCUCAGAGGCGCAGUCAGCUUGUUGCAAGAAACCAGUACGAGCGGAGAGGCAGCGAUGUCACCAUGCAGUGCGGCUCCCUGGAAAGUGAUGCAUCAGUGUCAUGGAAGGUGAACGGGACAGACAUCGAGGCCCAGCACCAACUGAAUGGACCCAAACUGAUUCUGACCCAGGUUGACCUUGACCACAAUGGACUCUACAGCUGCUUUCAGAACCCGCAUGGAGAAAGACGUGAUACCAUCUUCCUCCACAUUGGCAUUCCCCCUCAGGAGCCCAAAGUCACCUGUCGGUCCAACACCUACCCUAAAGGUUUCUACUGCAGCUGGCACCUGACGCAUCCGACGUACAUACCCUCCAGCUUUGAAGUGGAUGUUCAACACAACCAGCACUCACUCUAUGUGCAGAAAGAUCCCGUCCACAAGAAUCGCUGUCAUGUACAGUUCCCAGAGGUCUUCUCCAGCAGCCCAUACAAAGUUAAUGUGACAGCGGUAAACGCCUUAGGAAAAGCCUCCACUACCCUGUCCUUUGAGGAGUCCACUAUAGUAAAACCGGACCCCCCAGAGCGUGUGACGGCAUCCCCGAUUCGUUUAAACCCUCGAAGGCUGGAGGUGUCCUGGCACAGCCCCGCCACAUGGCCCGAUAUAGACGCGUUUCCUCUUAAGUACUUCCUUCGAUACCGGCCACUCAUUCAUGACAGGUGGCAGCAUGUGGAGCUCCUUGACAGCACUUCGCACACCAUUACUGAUGCCUAUGCAGGGAAGGAAUAUAUCAUACAGAUAGCUGCAAAGGACACAGAAAUUGGAACAUGGAGUGACUGGAGUGUUGCUGUACAUGCCACACCCUGGAUUGAGGAUCCUCUGCCAAUCACUACUACAACUGAAGUGGACUUUCCUAAUGAGACGAAGACUUCUCCCAUACCAUCCUCCAAAGCGCCGCAGAAGGCCGAGCCUCCGGUGGGCAGAGCUGCCAGGGUCGUCACAUUUUUCUCUCCUUUGCUGUUAGGGAUGAUGCUGUUGUUCAUGUGAUGUUUUAAUCCCAUGGAGUGACAACAGGUGGGAGGAAGAACAGGAUAAAGAGGCGGAGGCUGAUGUUUUUUCUAUUUUGCACAUGUUUUUGAGGAUACAGUGCAUUGAUCAUAUCUGUCCAUCACACAGUUACUCACCAAAAUUUCUUAAGAGGGGAAAUCAGACAGUCAUUGUUGGCUGACGGGGACAAAGACAUUCUUCAGAGGAACUUUUGCAAAACGACAACAUUGACAACAAGAGCAGCAGCAGAGGCAGCAGAACAACCACCACAGCAGCAGCAACAGCAUCAAAGUGAUUAAUGUUACGCCCCUGUGGCUUCAAUGAGCCGCGGCAGACUGAUUUGUUGGUUUGUUUGGUUCAGGAAGCUCCUUCUCCAACCAAGAAAACCACCACAUUGUUCUUUUUUUAUUCAUUAAUUGACUUUCUCCCUUACUUUUAAACUGCAGAGCGCUUCACAGACAAACGCACGCUUAUCGCAGUCGUGCCUUUGUGUGUGUGGCUACUGUAGCGUCCCCACAUACAGCUCAACCAUCAUGCCAAAGACUCAUAAACACCCCAACCAAGUGGCUCCAAAUUCUUUCACUGAGCUUCCCGAAGCUUGUGCCUGUGCUCAGAAAGUGUGUACAUAUGCAAGUGGAGUGGUGACGCUGAAAAGUGCUAAAUGUAUCAAACCUGAGGAUAUUUGCAGCUCCUGUUUGUGUACUGACACACACGCACACACACACGCACACACCGUUUAGACAAAGACGCCACUGUAAGCCUCCAUCAGACGGUGCUCCGCACGCCUCCAACGACUAAAUCAAACCGCUGGAGGGAGCCUUUAUUCGAUCUGGGGACUAACACUUUGAAGAAUUCAGUAAUGGUAGCUCGACUUAUCUAGACCGUUAGCUUUACAUUGUGCUUACAGCGAGUGAUAAGAAGGACCUGGAUUGUAAGAAAAAUAAAAAUAAAAAAAGAUUUAAAAAAAAAAAUAAAGUAAAUAAAAAUUAAAUAAAAAUAAAAAGAACAAAAAUAAAGUGGUAUGUCGGUUUCUGUUUCUGCUCUAUGCUGUAAAAAAAAACAGUAACAUUAAUCUGUUGGCUUUCCAAAGUCUGGCGCCUUUACAAACAUUUUAUUAUUUUUCAGUUUACAUUUUAAUAGCCAAUAUCAGCAGGUAUUAUUAUGUUAUACAAAUAAAUAUUGAUGUGUUUAUUGUAAUUUUUGAAUUUUAUGGACAAAUAAUAAAAAGAUGCAUAUAGGGCUUUAGUUUUUUUUUUUGUUCCCUUUGUUUUUUUUCAGACAUUCAUAAUGGCUUACUUUCUUGAUUCUAUUUUGUAAACUAUGAUAUGUAACUUUAACAAUGAACAAAGUUUAUUAUUUAAUAUUAUUAAUAAUGAUAAUUAUAAUGUAUGUAUUAGCAUUAGAAUGUCGUAACCUGUACCUGGGGUCUUUUUUAUAGAUGUAUAUACAAUGACAGGUUUCAACCAUUAAAUGUGACCAUUUCACAAUGAA